AUGCACUGUCUUGCCAGGCUAGCUCUGGCCCUGCUGGCCCUGGAGGCCGCCCUGGCCCUGGCCCCGGCCCCGGCCCUUACCUUGCCAGGGCAGGUCGUGUGCCGGGAGCUCAGCUCCUCGGAGGAGGAUGCCUGCAUGGUCUCCUGCAACUCGGACAAAAACUGCCCCCAAGGCACCAAAUGCUGCCCCAGGAGCCCCUGCAGCCACUCCUGCAUGGUCCCCCUCAUCGCGCCUGUGCAGAGGGCCGGCCACUGCCCACCGGAUGCAGGCCCUCUGAUCCCCCAGCCCUGCUUGGAGAGCAGCGAGUGUUCCAGGAACAACCAGUGUGCAGACAACAGGAAGUGCUGCCUCAGCAUCUGUGCCUUGUGAUGUCUGGAGCCCGAGGCAGGUGAGCGCCCCACAGCCUCCCCCGACAGUGCCCCGGCCACAGCCACGGAUGCAGCAGAAGGUCUGGGCUGA